CUGAAGAUCUUUGAAGAUGUCCAGAUCUGUAAGGGAGUCCGUCACUAUGGCAAUCACCUGCAGUGGAAAAUUACAGAGGUUAAACGUGUCCAUGUGACAAAAGUCCAAACGUGGCAGAAGGCAUGAAGCAACACUGUGAUGUUCUAGUGGCUGGUCCAUGACACUAAACUCCACUCGGCCCUCUCCACUAUCCACCUGCCUUCCGUUCUCAUCGCACCGGACAACCAGUCACUCACUGUCCCAUUCAUACAAAGCUGCAACAUGGCCAGUAAGAGGAAAUCCACUGUGCCCUGCAUGAUACCAUCCAAAUCCAAACAUGUGCGUGAGGAAAUCAUCCUGGGCUCGCUCCCAGAACUCCUACCAACAAUCCCAGAAGAUGGCAUACUCAGCAUCUCUGGAGAGGAGUCUGGCCAUUUCUCUCACACCUCCUCCAAAUCCGAAAGUGGCAGUGAAACGCAGAAGGGAGGCACCUAUGGCUGCGUCGCUUGCCGAUUUGAGUCCAGAGAUCUGAACUACUUUCUGGAUCACAUGCACAACUGUCAUUUAGACUUCAGGGCCCAGCCCACCUUCUACUGCCUGAACUGUGGGGUGUCAGUCGUCCGCUUCGAGGCUCUUGCAUUGCACAAUGCCAACGCUCACCCCAAGAUAAUGGAAGGCUUGGUUACUGCCUCCCUAAGCGUCAGCAAGAGAGAUGGAGCAACAGCCGUGGAACAAAGCCUCUUCACGGACAGUGGAGAAGACAACAAAGAAUCUGGGAUCUCCCUCACUAAAACACCAAUUGCCAAGAUGAUGAAAGCCAAGGGGGAGCACAAAAAGAUUGUGGUUUCUCACACCGUGGAGCUACGCAAGUUAGACUCUGGAAAGGAUGUCGACCCCAACAUGCUGACUAAUGUGCCUGAACUCCAAAACGGGGCUCUCAGUACUUCUGGUGCCCCACCUAUGCCGAGGACCACUGUCACUCAUGUGAUUACGACAGUGUCCAACCAAGUCUUUCACCAGCACACUCCCUCCCUUUACUCUCCCGUCUCUUCUGACUCAAACAAAGAUCUUCCAAAGGUGAUGAUCCCUCUCAGCAGCAUCCCCACCUACGAUGCCGCCAUGGACACCAGCAGUUUUCUCAAGACAUCCUUUGGCAAGUUUCCCUACCCGACCAAAGCCGAGCUCUGCUACCUAACAGUGGUUUCAGAGUUCCCAGAAGAACARAUCAAACUGUGGUUCACUGCCCAAAGGCUGAAGCAGGGCAUUAGCUGGUCUCCUGAAGAAAUCGAAGAGGCCAGGAGGAAAAUGUUCAACACUGUUUUCCAAGGGGGAACACCCCAGAAGCAACCUGUGACGCCACGGCAGAUCAAUCACAUCGUAACCCACCACACUGUCACUGGCCAUCCUGGCAUCAAAGGACCAAACCUUCAAGCGGCCAAAGUUCCCUACAGCAGUACAAAACCCAGGUCUGUUGGGUCCGUUGGCAUCAUAACCACGCAGGCCAACAUUACAACCAAGCCCCGCGUUACAAGGGUCUCAUAUCCUUCUCCACUUGCCCCACAAAAGUUUCCACCAAUUGUCCGGACAACACAGGAACCGACCAAGAGUGCUGAAGCCACUGUGGAGCCAGACAAGAGCAACGGCCUGGACUUGGCAGCAAGCAGCGGUUGUGUCAGUAGCACUAGCAGCAGUCGAAGCAGCAGUAGCAGCAGCAUCAGCAGCAGCUAUUCCGGCUGUAGUAACGGUGUUGAGAACAGGAAACUGGUGAACCACAGCAGCCCAACCAACAGCACUGCCACCUUCCCGGCUAUCAUUAGCAGUAACGGUGAGCACUGUGCCGCGGACGCCAACGGCAAGCCCGACACGAAAAGCAACAGUGGCUCAGAAAGUUCAAACGGCGGUACAAGCGAAGCGGUCACCGACAACACCAGCAACUCCACCUGCAACAAUCAUAACAGCGGCAGCGUCGGUGCACCAGAACUGGCCCACGCUGAGCAGCCUGACAGCGAAAACAACAAUUACACACACAAAACCAACAGCAACAGUAUUAGCAGUGAAAAUCCAAGCUCCAUCUGUAAUGACAGUGUCCCCAACCAUAAUUAUGCCAGCAAAUCCCCAACUGAAAGCACCAGCACCACCAUCAGUACGAAAGGCAACUCAUCCAUUUUAGAUGAGACCAAAUGCAACAAAGACUUCCCUAUAAAAGGCAUGUCAAUCUUAAAGCAGCUCAUUAAGGAAGAGGACCCAAGUGUUGGAAACAGAGGGUGUCCAGAGCUCAGAGGCGACCCCAUUAAGAUCAACUUUAAAAGGCUGAAGAUGAACGAACAAGAGGCAACAGCUGAGGUUGUGCAUCAAGAAUCAAAGUGUGAGAUCGAGGUAUCUGCCUGUCAUACAUCUUUCUCGCCACCCUGGGGCAACAAGACCACACAGCAGCUGCAAAUCCUCCGGCAGGCUUUCUCCAACACCCGCUGGCCCAGCAGCCUUCAGUACGAGGAGCUGAGCAUCCAGACGGGCCUCCCUAAGUCAGAGGUGGUCCGCUGGUUCAGCGACAGCCGCUACAGCCACAAGAACGGGCAGCUGAAGUGGUUGGAGUCUUUUCAGCGGGCRCCUGCUGAGCCAGAGGAGACAAGGGCCCACGGGGACCCUGAAACUGAAUCACUGAAGGAGCCUCCAGCAGCCAAAAAGAUACUGUUUGAGCAAGAAAAGAACAAGCAUCUCGAAGGAGACGCCGGGCUGAACCCAGGGCAGCGRGUCGCGUGGCAGGAUUCCUGCGCACCGCUGCUGGCCCUGACGAGGUCCGAGGGGGGCGGUGAGCGCGACAGAACCGAGGAGACAGAGCGGGACCCCUGGUCCAAGAGAGGAGAGGACCACCAGCAGCCAGCGACAAGUCAGUCACUCAUCGAACAGCAGACUGAAGCCAAUCAGGCCAGGGAUCGCCCGAGGAUGGAGCUGCUGGAGGUGUGAGGAAAGCAGACCCGAUCCAGCUGGAGGAACGUGGCUUUGCUCCCCUGGUCACAGUCUUGAAAAAAAGAAAAGAAAAAAAAGUGUGUUCAUAAUGACAGCAGAUGUGAUUGUAGCUGGACCGUUGGACUCUGACUGAAACUGUGAAUAAUACGCCCCUCCCCUUCUGUCCUCCUCCUCUUCUUCCAUCUGCCAUCACUUCCUGCCAUCGUCAAAAAAAAAAAACAAGAAAAAAAAAACAAGAAAGAACUUCUCACCUUUGAGUCCUGUGAUGUUUUAAGCCUUUCAUGCUUCUUUUGUGGUUAUGUGGGGAGGGUGCACAGUGAGGUCAGAACAAGGGAUCAAAGAAAAGAAAGAAAAGACRCACACUGACUGGAAAACUGACUUGAAUGAACGAAGAUAGGUCGGGAUAGGGCCAAGAGAUAUUGUUGCUGGGGCCAUAGGGAGAAAUAUAUAAAUAUAAAUAUAUAUAUAAAAGGUAAAACUGCACUAUAAAAUAUGGUUUGUACUGACUGGACAAACGACAACAAAAAAAAAAUGUGUCAAGAAAAUGUUAUUGUUGGCUUUGUGAUAUUUUUUACUUUUUUAGCAACCAGUACUUCAGCACUGCCUUGAAUUUUACUUUUUCCGUUAUUUGGAUUUUUUCAAUUCUAUCUACUCUUCUAUGGUCACUGUAAGUCCAGAUGCAAUCAAACGURUUUUCAUUUAGAUCUGUAAUGAUGUUGGUGAUCACUUAGCAUUUCAGCUACACACAAGAGACUAUACACGAUGCACUAAUGAAGACAGCAAUGCUUAAAAAUAAAUAAUAAAAAAAACACAAUCACUCUGCUUCACAGCAAACGUAUUGACAGCUUUGUCGAGAUCAAUACACAACACUGCCCUGCAAACUGAACAGAGAAGCCUGUCACGCUAAUGUUGCCUUACUCAGCUCUGUCCGUGUGUUUAUAUGACCUGUCUGUCCAUCACCUUGCUUUCGAGCUACUGUGCUGUUCAAAAAUAAAGAAGAAAAAAAAAUACAUGCCAGUGUAUUGAUAGUCACUGUUGGUCUAUAUCUGUAAAAAAAAUAAAUAAAUAAAGUAAUCUUGUGCUGCUUUCUGUACACUUGGAGAUGUUCAACUUUAAGCUGUUUCAAAAAUUGUACCUGGCAAAAAAAAAACUUGAAAAAAAGUUUUCAAAAGUAAAACUAAAUUCUCUAUUUGAUCCCAAGACACUGGCGGAGUGAGAUAUUGUGCUUGCUAGAGAGCCAAACGAGGAGGUCUUUGCUCUCCUCUGAAUUUUCUUGUUUCUAUAUAAACAUCCAGUCACUACAUGAAUCUUACUAAGCUGCAUCUUUGUCAAGCUGCUAAUAGCUCAGAACGGUGCUAUACCAUCCAAAGUGAAAUUGGAGGCGCGUCUCCUACCAGCAGUGUAUGCACUUGUGUCGAAUGUUACAAAUUUAUUUUGGUUUGAGAUCAAUGAAAUCUGGACUUGUGGUGUYAAUGAUCACAAAAACCUUUUAUGAGAUAAAAAAAAAA